UGUUUGGGUCAAACUGCCAGAGGGGCUCUUCGUGGACAUCCUGACAGCUGAUUGGUUGAUUCUCCUCCUACCAGAGCGUACUGUGAGUUUUCAGCACAUCCGCCUUGUGCAGUGUGUGUGUUGUGUGUGUCGCCUUGUCCUUCUCUGAAGGCUGCAGGAAAGAGUCUGCGCGGACUCCCGACCUCCAGACACAGCGGGCUGGACGCAGCUGGGCUCUAUCUGUCUGCACCGGGUCUGCAGGGCCGCGCUCGGGGAGAGCCGCAGGUCUGAGCGCUGCUGGAGCUGAAUGAGCUCAGCACGCCUCUAUCUAAGUCAACCCAUUAGCUUAGCUUAGCUUAGCAUAGCAUUUUGAGACAAGAGAUAGGAUAGCUAACUAGCUUAGCUACCGGACCUGCCUCCUCUGUGCAGUCAGCUAACGCUAUUUGGCUAAGCUAAAGAUAGCUAACCUAGCUAACUGACUGGCGAGCCCCAUUUCGCAUACUCAGUUAGCUAAAGUACAAUUCUAUGUUUUUUUCUGGUUAGCUAGUUAGCUAAAAUUAGCAGCAUUUAAACAGACCGCCACCCGUGCUAAAUCCAUUACCCUCCAAUCGCCCUGGAGAAGGGGGAUUAGCCGCCUGCUGUAGCCGCUCCUGCUGCUCGCUCCUCGGCUCGCAGAAGUAAAUAAAGACGCGCCCGGACUUCAUUCAUCUCUACAGCACUAGUUCAGCCACAAUGAUCCCUGAGAAGGUUCCUAAAGAGGACGUGCUCCUCGCCUCGGAGGAGAUGAGGAAACAGGCGCACGUUUCCAGCUUCGAGAACUUUAAGGAGUUGUAUAUAAAAUCUGUGGAGUCUCCCGAAGAGUUUUGGGGAGAUGUUGCCAAAGAGUUCUUCUGGAAGACAAAACAUACCGGACAGUUUUUGGACUACAACUUUGACGUGACCAAGGGUGAAAUAUUUGUCAAGUGCAUGGAAGGAGCGACCACCAACAUCUGCUACAAUGUUCUGGACCGCAACGUCUAUGAGAAGAAGCUGGGGGACAGAGUGGCCUUUUACUGGGAGGGUAACGAGCCCGGUGAUGAGAAGAUUGUGACCUACAGAGAACUCCUACAGCAAGUCUGCAAGUUCGCCAACGUCCUCAAGUCACAAGGUGUGAAGAAGGGCGACCGGGUGUCCAUCUACAUGCCCAUGGUGGUCGAGCUGGUGGUGGCCAUGCUGGCUUGUGCCCGAAUUGGAGCUGUGCAUUCGAUAGUGUUUGCAGGGUUUUCCGCCGAGUCCCUCUGUGAGAGAAUAAUAGAUUCACGGUGUUCUCUGCUGAUUACAGCGGACGGCUUUUACAGAGGAGAUAAGCUGAUCAAUCUGAAGCUGAUUGCUGAUGAGGCUCUCCAGAAAUGCAGGGACAAGUCUUUCCCUGUGGAACGGUGCAUUGUGCUGAAACAUUUAUCUAAGGAGGAACAUGAAUCCUUGUUGCUGGGCUCCCUGUCGCCCCCAGCCAAGCGUUCCUGCCCUGACCUGCAGCAGGAGAAACAGAAAGGAAAUGUAAGGAAGGUCCGUUCCAUCCCUAAGGUUCCCUGGAAGCCAGAGGUGGAUGUGUGCUGGCACUCUCUGAUGGAAGGAGCUUCUGAUGAGUGUGAACCGGUUUGGUGUGAAUCUGAAGACCCUCUCUUCAUUCUCUACACCAGUGGAUCAACUGGGAAACCUAAGGGUGUGCUGCACACAGUCAGUGGUUACAUGCUGUACACCGCCACAACGUUCAAACUCGUGUUUGAUUACCACCCUGAUGACAUCUACUGGUGCACAGCAGACAUUGGCUGGAUCACUGGUCACUCAUACAUCACGUAUGGGCCCCUGGCCAAUGGUGCCACCAGUGUGCUGUUUGAAGGUCUUCCUACAUACCCAGAUGUUAGCAGAAUGUGGGAGAUAGUGGAUAAAUAUCACGUCUCCAAGUUUUACACAGCCCCCACCGCCAUCAGACUCCUCAUGAAAUAUGGCAAUGAUCCAGUUCGCAAAUAUAAGCGGAGUUCCCUGAAGAUCCUGGGUACAGUAGGGGAGCCUAUUAAUCCAGAGGCCUGGCAGUGGUACUACAAUGUGGUUGGAGAGGGGAGAUGUCCUGUAGUCGACACCUUCUGGCAGACUGAGACAGGAGGACAUGUACUUACGCCACUGCCUGCAGCCACGCCUCUCAAACCAGGAUCUGCAACUUUUCCAUUUUUUGGAGUGGUACCUGCCAUUCUGAAUGAGUCAGGUGAGGAGCUGGAGGGACCAAAUGAAGGAUACCUGGUGUUUAAGCAGCCUUGGCCUGGAGUAAUGAGAACUGUGUUUGGGAACCACCAAAGGUUUGAGACCACCUACUUCAAAAAAUUUCCUGGAUACUACGUGACCGGCGAUGGGUGUCGCAGAGAUAAGGAUGGCUAUUACUGGAUCACUGGAAGGAUUGAUGACAUGCUGAAUGUUUCUGGUCACUUGUUGAGCACGGCGGAGGUGGAGUCAGCUCUGGUGGAGCAUGAGGCGGUGGCGGAGGCUGCAGUGGUGGGCACACCGCACCCAGUUAAAGGAGAGAGCCUGUACUGCUUUGUCACACUCGCAGAUGGCAUGAACUACACUACCACUCUGGAGGCGGAGCUAAAAAAGCAAGUGAGAGAGAAGAUAGGUGCCAUCGCUACACCAGACUACAUACAGAACGCCCCCGGGCUUCCCAAAACCAGAUCAGGGAAAAUCAUGCGCCGUUUGCUACGCAAGAUAGCAUCAAACCAGCGGGACCUGGGAGACGUGUCCACGCUAGCAGACACUUCUGUCAUUGAACAGCUGUUUGAGAACCGUUGUUGUACCGCUCACAUGUGAUCACAAGGGGGCACUGAUCGUCACACUCCGCUCUGAUCUGGUUGAGGUUGAAACUCAAGAAGGGAUUUAGGGUAAAGUGUAGAGCAAGGCUAGUGUUACAAAAAAGUGGCACAAAAAAGAGGAAAAAAUAAAAAUAAAAAUCAUGUGUAAAUGUGUAUACUGCAUUUUGCAAAUGAUUGAGAAUCUCUGGGAACUGAGGGGAAGGUUCGGAUGGGAAUUCGAAUGAGUUUUUCUGGACCCUCUUACUUGUAUAUUAAGUAAUGUCUUAAGCCCUAUCCGGACGGGAUUAGUUUCUCAGGUGAACGUCUGUGAAAAAUAUUUCACACUUCUACUCAGUAAUAAAACUCUUGCAUCCGGACUGCAAUUGAAAAAAUAGGAGGAUCUUUGUGGAAAUGCACCCAAAGUGUAAUUACGGUGCGUGGCAGUGGACAAAUAGGUAUUUUAUUAAAAACGAUGAGACGAAACUCAGAGAUGGCAGUCUGGACGGGACUAAAAUAACUGGAGGACCGAAAAAACAGUAGGUAAUUCAGCAUGUAAUUUUCUCAGAGGACAUCUGAAAAAAACACAUACAUGGUCGUUCUGGAUGGGAAUAAAAUCACGGAGGACCCCUCUAUAAAAGAUAAAAUUACCCUCAGGACCCCCUGAGAAACUAAUCCUGUCCGGAUAGGGCUUUAGUUUUAGUUUUAACUCAGAGUUUAUUUUUGCAAGUAUGGCUUUGUUUUUUUUUUUGCCUCAUUUUUUUGUGUUGUUGAAUUGUUUUUCUUUUGUUUUUUUUCUUUGUUUUUUUUGUCACAGGCAUUUUGCGAGUGGCGUCAUGUAAUAGGAUUGAUUACACACAAGCUGUAUGAGCUGAUUAUUGUCACAUUUCUCUUUGUACUUUGCAGAAGACUACUGUCCUGUUUUACCUCUAAACGCAUUGUAAUAAUUUGAGGUGGCAUCCUUGAUUGUAUUGUCCAGAUUAUUAUUAUUAUUUUUUAAUUCUGCCAACUGUAGAUAGUUUUUAUAUGACUGCACUUAUACCCAUGUGCCAACUUUAACCCAGGUAUGGGUUGCAAUUUGCGUUAACUGCUUAAGGGAAAUUAUUUUGUUGUAAUUCCUCUUUGUAUCCAACAAUGCCACUCCUACAGAAAUACUCAUUAUUGAUCCAUUUGCAAAACCAGUGUCAUAGAUGAAACUAGUAAAUUUUAGGAGCAGCACACAAGCAUUAAGAGCAGUACUCAAAUUUUAUCCAUAAAGGGCCAGCGGCACUCCCUAUGUAAGUAAAAACUUGUUUAAAGGCUGAGGCAAGCUGAUUAAACCAGUAGAAUCAGGGGUGCUUCUGCUUUAUUGGCAUAAAAACCUGCACACACACACUGCCCCACAUAAAGAGUAGGGAGAGGUGAGCUGUACUGGGCAGGCGGUACUAUCAGAGCCUGCAGGUUUCUGGCCUCCCCCAUUAUGUCAGAAAAUGACUGUAAAACACUAGGAGUGAGUCCUGAAUAAAUGGGGGUAAAUGAAGAUAAACUGCUAAAAACUCAAGUUAAAAAUAGUUUCUAGCUACUUGUUCAGGAUCUUACUUUAAUUUACAAAGUAAAAUGAAGUAUUUUGUGUAGAAAAAAUAAAUAAAUAGAAGAAGAAGCAAAGAAACCAUAUCUGUAUAUUUCCACAGUACUGAAACUGUGUUGAAAAAAUAACAAAAAAACUCUGAAUAAAAAAAAAUCUCAUUUAUAUACAAUGAUAUUGCGCAUUUCUAAACCCCUUUCUUCAUUUUGGACUCACUCUAGAGCGCCCUCUAGUGUCUGACCUUCCCAGAACACAUUCUGAAGUGAGUAUUCUAUUCUCCUCUCUAAAAGUCUCUGGUACUUUAUAAUGUUUUAAAAGCAUCAAAACCUCUUCCUGUGUCCUGAAGGGUGUAUAAUUUUUUACUACAGUGAUCUCUGUCUGUGCUACAAUACAUUUGUAAUCAUGUUGAAAGAAGAUGAGACAGAUGUUCUGAUUAAUUUCUAUGCAGAUACAAAAUAACUCAGCUCUGAUGCUGUUUCCCAGUAUUUAGUUUAGCUUCUGGAACACUGAAGUAAAUUGCAUGCUUUUUACUGCAGAACCACAUUUCUCUACAGACCCUGUACUGUCCCGUAACUGUCCGUUUGUGUCUGAGAGAAGAUGCAAUGAGGUAUUUAGAGAGACUUAUAGUUAAUUCAUCCUUUCCGAAUCUAAUAAAUGACUGCCAUUUGAUUAAAUGCACCUAAGGAUAAAUUCUGUUGACAUGGUUAUGAUGCGAAUUCAGAUGAUCUCAAACAUGCUGUGCAAAACUGUUGUUUUUUUUCAUGUUUUGUCAAAAAUGCUCAUAUUUUUUAAUAGUUGUACAAGUCAUUCAGUAUUUAUUUUCCUUUACUGAAUGUUGCUUUGACUGUUUUCAGGAGUUUUAUUUGCUCAUGUCCUUAAUCAACCCUGUUAUCUGUCUUCCUGAUUUAUUUUGGUUCCAUUUUCUUUAACAUUUAUGCCCUUAUCAGUUUAUUGUUUGACAGUUUUUUAACAUGAUUGCUCAAAUUUUCAAAAGUGUGAGUAAAAUAAAGUACCAGUCGAAAACGCUGGUUAUGCAUGUA